CAGUAGCUCGGAGUCCUCGGAGCCAAACCCCAGCCAGGAACGGAGCGAGAGACCGGAGAGAGAAAACUUUUAUUUCCCAAAUGGAUUUCUCCGGUGGACUCAGACAUUUCUUAUUUUCUUACGUCCUCAUUAACGGCAUUUUAUUGACACUGGAAGCUAAAGAAGAGGUGCUUUUGGACAUGAGGGCAGCAGGAAGAGAACUGGGCUGGUUGACAUGGACCCCAAAUGAGAGAGAAAUAACUGGGUGGGAGGUCCACCAGAGAACCCUGAACGGCUCCCAGUUCUACACUUACUACGUCUGCAACGUGGAGGAGCGCGAGCAGGACAACUGGGUGCGCACCACCUUCAUCCAGCGGCACGCGGCGGCCUCGCGGGUCUUCGUGGAGCUGCGGUUCAUCGUGCGCGACUGCAACUCGUUCGACGGGGACUCGCUGACCUGCAAGGAGACCUUCAACCUCUUCGUGAUGGAGUCGGACGCGGACGUGGGCACCACCUUCCACAAGGGCCAGUUUAAGAAGGUGGCCACCAUCGCGCCGGACGAGAUCACCAAGAAGAACGAAAUGCACAUCAACAYGGAGACCAAAACUGUGGAGAACCUGUCCCAGAAAGGCUUCUACUUGGCCUUUCAAGACAUYGGAGCGUGCGUCGCCAUCGUGUCGGUCAGGGUGUACUACAAAACUUGCCCGGCCACGGUGAAGAGCCUCGCGGUGUUCCCCGAGACUGUAGCCGGAAGAGAGAACCAGGCGCUCAAGGAGGUGAGCGGAAAGUGCGUGGAGAACGCCGAGAGCCAGAAGUUACCUCAGAUCUACUGUACUUUGCACGGCGAAUGGGUGGUGCCAGUAAAACAGUGCCGAUGCAAGCCUGGCUUUGAAGAAGUUGACGACUCAUGUCGAGAAUGUCAGCCUGGCUUCUUCAAAGCUGAAGCGUUCAGCGACAAGUGUGAGCCGUGUCCUGCCAACACCCAGGGGUUGACGCCUGGGGCUUCUUCUUGUCCCUGUGUGAACGGAUUCUACCGGGCUCCCGAAGACCCCAUCACUGGACGAUGUUCAGGCCUCCCCUCUGCACCUCAGGAUCUUGUGGCCACCCCCUCCCUUCACUCUACGGGAAAGCUCCUCCUCUCCUGGAGGCCUCCGGAAAACACGGGAGGUCGAGACGAUAUCACCUACAACGUUGUGUGCCAGCGAUGUGAGAGCUUUGCAUGCCAGCCCUGCGGAGAGAAGAUUCGCUUCGACCCCGCCAGCACGGGCCUGACUGACACCAGGGUGUUAGUGAGUGAGCUGGAUGCUCAUUUCAACUACACCUUCACCGUGGAGACGCUCAGUGGUGUGUCUGUGUUUGGUAGUCAAGCAGCAGCCCGAGCCGCCAGGCCGCCAUCUUCCUCCUCUCUGACUACGUCUCUGCACUACACAGAACCACCCAAAAUCACCUCCAUGCGACUGGUUGAACGGGACUCCACCAGUUUGUCCAUUUCCUGGGACGUAUCUCCACGGGUUGUGGCCCUGCCCGUUAGCUACGAACUUGCUUACCGCAAGAAGGACAACAAGCAUGAUGUGACUACGUACGUUGUGCUCAAACUGGAGAAGAACUCUGUUCAGAUCAACGAUCUGGCUCCAGACACUGCCUACCUGGUCAAGGUUCAGGCCUUUAGCAGUGAUGGGAGGUCCGGAGUGCCCAGCGGGGAGGAACAGUUUGAGACGUCACCUGAAGGACAACUCAACAAAACUGCAGUCAUCCUGGCCGCAGCUGUCGGAGGAGCGAUAAUGUUGAUCCUGGUGAUCGUGAUUCUGUUCCUGCGCAGACGAAAAGGCAACUCUCACAUCCGGCAAGGACCAGAAGACACCUACUUUUCAAGCUCAGAGCAGUUAAAACCACUGAAGACCUACGUGGACCCGCAUACGUAUGAGGACCCCAACAUAGCUGUCCUCAAGUUUGCCACUGAAAUCCACCCAAGCCACAUAACCAAACAGAAAGUUAUUGGAGCUGGGGAAUUUGGCGAGGUGUACCGGGGCAUUCUGAAGGUGCCGGGGAAGAAGGAGGUGGCGGUGGCCAUCAAGACGUUGAAGCCCGGCUACAUGGAGAAACAGAGGCAGGACUUCCUGAGCGAGGCCUCCAUCAUGGGCCAGUUCUGCCACCAGAACAUCAUACGUCUGGAGGGGGUGGUCACCAAAUUUAAACAUGCAAUGAUAGUAACUGAAUAUAUGGAGAAUGGAGCUCUGGAUAGAUACCUAAAGGACCACGACGGCGAGUUCUUGUCGUUCCAGCUGGUGGGAAUGCUGCGCGGCAUCGCUGCAGGCAUGAAGUACCUCUCUGAAAUGAGCUACGUCCACCGAGACCUGGCUGCUCGCAACAUCCUGGUCAACACCAACCUGGAGUGUAAAGUGUCCGACUUUGGUCUGUCCCGAGUGCUGGAGGACGAACCUGAGGGGACGUACACCACGAGCGGAGGUAAGAUUCCCAUCCGCUGGACCGCACCAGAGGCGAUAGCCUACAGGAAGUUCACCUCGGCGAGUGACGUGUGGAGUUUUGGCAUCGUCAUGUGGGAGGUCAUGGCAUUUGGUGAAAGGCCUUACUGGGACAUGAGUAAUCACGAGGUGAUGAAGGCCAUCAAUGAGGCAUUCAGGCUGCCUGCACCCAUGGACUGCCCGUCCGCCGUCUACCAGCUGAUGCUUCAGUGUUGGCUUCAGGACCGCUCGAAGAGGCCGCGCUUCGGUGACAUCGUCAGCCUGCUGGACAAGCUCCUGCGCAGCCCGGACUCUCURAAGACCAUUGCAGACUUUGACCCACGCAUUUCCAUCCGGCUCCCCAGCACCAGCGGCUCAGACGGUUCUCCCUUCAGGUCAGUGUCUGAAUGGCUGGAAUCCAUUAAGAUGAGUCAGUACAGCGAGAACUUCAGCCGGGCUGGGAUCAGCACCAUGGACCAGGUCCUGCAGAUGAAGACCGAGGAUAUUAAGAACAUCGGGGUGAGAUUGCCCGGCCAUUUGAAGCGAAUAGCUUACAGCAUCCUGGGCUUAAAGGACCAGACCAGCACUCUGAGCGUGUUCGCCGUGUGAUCCUCGCCAUGAAGGGACGUGAAACUGCUGCAGGUGGACACUUUAAAACUCUUAAGCUGAGCUGGAGCAGGACUGCAGGGACUGCAGGGACGGCUUUGGAUCGACAGAACCAAGAGAAACAUGCCAUCCUUUUGGGCCAAAUGACUCAGACUAACUCACUGUACUUUGAUUACUUUAUCAGGGAAUGGAACAAGUACACAACAAUAGAUGUAUCAGCAGACUUUUAUAUUUAAAUAUCUAUUUUUUUUACUGUACUUACUCUCUUUACAAGAUACAAUUUAUCGCUCUUGCGUUUUUGUCUAUUUUCAAACGAUCGAUCCACUCCGGCUUUACAAAAUGUGUCGAGGAGCUCUAGAAAUCACGGUUCAGUUUGUUGGUGCUGAUGCCAAAGAAUUUCUCGGUAAAAGGCACUUGGCUCCAUUUCCUGUCAGAAGGGAGCAUCAGGGAGCCGAAAUGAGCUUGAGCUCRUCCAGAAACGAACAACAAAACCAGAAAGACUGGACCUGGUUUUGUUUCUGGCCUCCUGCUGGCUCCAAGCAGAAAUGAAGCUAUGAUCUUCUGAGUGAGGGAAAAGAGAUGUUUGAGGUACUCUGUGGACAGAUUAACUGUUUUUUACUUCUUGCUUGCCUGUUACCAAAAAAGUAAAAAAGAAAAAAAAUGUUUUGUAAUGUAGCACUUGGAUCAAAAAUCUUUAUUUUUUUGUGUGAUAAUUUUAAGCUAAAGAUGAUAAAACUCAGCCUGGAUCUUCAGAGUUUGAGCCGAUGAAUUGUUCAAGUUGGAGUUUUAUACAUUUGUUGAAAAUAGCGGGGAAAAAGCACAGAAACCCUAAAAAUACAUCCAAAAAAACCAACAAACAAACUAGAUUUUACUCUAACAAUUCUCUGGUUUGCUUUUUCAUCKUCUCAAUUGUUUUGUUUUUAUUUUUUCUCUCAAGCUUUAUGAAUAUUUAGUUCUGCUUGGGUUGAUCUGUUGACAGGUUUAAGCUAUCUGCUUUAAAGAUGAAGGGCUCAGUUCAUUCUGGACAUUUUGAUACAUUUUAACGUGCCUCUCUGAGAUUUUGCCUCAGUCUCUUUAAAAAGAAGUGAGCAGCCCCCCCCCCCCCUCCGUGCUCUUAAUGGAUGACUGCAAACCUUCGUGUUACUGAUGAACACCUUCCUUUACUUGAAUUUUUAUUGUCUUGUUUAAAUGUUGAAAUCKGUUGUAGCUGAGAGACCCAACUUAUGAGAAAAACAAAAAAAGGGAUUUAUAUUAUGUUUUUGUUAUCCUGCUUUCUUGGUUGGAGUUUCAUUUUGUAAAUUUUGUAUAAUUUUCCAGUAUUAAUUGUGUUUCCAAGCUGAUUAUUUUUCUAAUUUUGCCUCUAAAAACCUGCUACAUUUUCCUGCCACUCUAAAUUCUUUUUCUUUCUUUUCUGUAUUUAAUAGUCUAUUUAUUUUUUGAACUAUUAUUUAUUUAUCCUGAUAAACACUGAGCUGGGUUUAGAGUUGGAGGUUGCUCACUAAUUGCAGCAAAGUUUUCCUCUUUUCUUUCUUUUGAUCUGUUCUUUCCUGAGAUUGCAUUUGUGGCAAAAUAGUCUUAAACUGAGUUUAUUAAAGCGUGUUGUUUAACUGGA